AUGAGCUCCGUGAUCCCCCUGAAGGAAUCGGAGCACAAGCUGCUGCCUCUGCACUUUGCGGUGGACGCCAGGGAAGGCCUGAUCCUGUCGCUAGAAGCCAAGCUGAACCUUCUGCACAGCUACAUGAAUCCGGAGUCCCCGACGGCCUCGGCGGGGGAGGACGUGCAGUCCCUGACCGACUCGCUGGACUCGGACCGCGACUCGCUGUGCAGCAACUCCAACAGCAAGAACGGCAAGGACAAAGCGAAGGAGAAGCAGCGCAAGGACAAGGACAAGACCCGCGCGGACUCCGUGGGCAUCCAGCUGAAGAAGAACAUGGGCGGCCUGGUGCACGGCCCGAUGAGCCACUCCAAGUCAGCCAACGGCAAUCACGGCGACGCGCCCGAGCGCGGCAAGGAGAAGGCCAGCGCGCGCAAGGGCAGCGAGGAGGAGUCGGGAGCCUCGGCCAGCACGUCGCCUUCGGAGAAGACCACGCCGUCGCCCACGGGCAAAGCAGCAGGCGCGUCGCCAGCCGACAAGGGCGGCGGGCCCCGCGGCGAUGCCCGGAAGUACAGCACGGACGUGAAGCUGAGCCUCCACAUCCUGCGCGCCGCCAUGCAGGGCGAGCGCAAGUUCAUCUGAGCCGGCCUGCUGCUCACCAGCCACCGGCACUAGUUCCACGAGGAGAUGAUCGGCUACUACCUGACCAGCGCGCAGGAGCGCUUCAGCGCCGAGCAGCGGCGCCGCGACGCCCCUGCCGCCUCCACGGCCAAGGGGCCGCCGCGCAGGCCUGAGGCCGAGGGCGGGCGGAGCCCCGAGCGCGCCUCGCCGGGCCCCACGCAGCUGGUGCUCAAGCUCAAGGAGCGCCCGAACCCCGCGGCGAAGGGGUCACGGGCGGCGCCGCGCGGCGCGGCCUCCACGGGCCCCGGCGGCGGCGGNCGGCGCGCGGGCGCCAGCGGACCGGUCCCCGGGGGCAGCCCCCCGGCGCCGGGGCGCCAGAGCGUUAUCCACGUGGAGGCGGAGGCGCGCGGGACAAGGCGUGCUGCGGCCUUGGGCGUGCUGCGGCCGUGCGCCUUGUACCCGCGGCAGAGCCGCGAGCUGUCGUCGCUGAGCUACAGCCCGGCGCGCGCCGCCACCCUGCGCACGGUCAACACGGUCGAGUUGAUGGCGCCCGUCCCAGGGGCCUUGCCCGGCGCGGCGGGGGCGGCAAGCUCUGCCGAGCGCAAGUCGCAGACCUACGCCAACGGCUUCGGCUCGGCGCGCGACGGCCUGGAGUUCGCCGACACGCCGGCCGCGCGCUCGAACGGUGUGGGCGGCCCGGACGGCCGCCAGCGAGAGAAGUGCGCGUUCUACGGGCGCGCCGAGACCGAGCACUACUGCUCGUACUGCUGCCGCGAGGAGCGUCGGCGGCGGCGGCGGCGCUAGGCGCCCGCGGCCCCGCCCUGAGCGCGCGCCGCGGCCCCGCUGGCCGGGCUGUCCUCUCAGUGCUGUAGCUGUCUCCUCCGCUCCCUGGUCCACCGGGAAGCCGGCGAUCCUCAGUACGUGCUGUGUACGUGUUUGGUCAGAUGUUCCUAAUGGUGCCUGAACCUACACUGACGCCACUCAGGUAGUAGAGCGAUAGGAAACAGCCAUGCUGUUGGAAGUGGGUGUGCUAUCUAGCACCUGCCUCGUACCUAUGGAAACUGAAGUGCCAUUGCAAGAGUAUUUUUGUUCCUCAAUAAGAGAAGUAAAGAAAUUUGCACCCCUUUGUUUUUAGAAGGGAGUGUUUUACAUGCCUCUUUUGGGGGGGUGGCGGGGGCUUUUUUCUCUAACCCGGCGACUGACCUCUUACAUGUAGCGGUCACCUGCGUGCGAUCGGUGCCACCCAGGGUUUCAAAGCGAACGCGCGGCCCCGGGACCGCGGUGGCGGCUCUGCCUCGGGCUCCCUCCCACCUGUGCCCCUCCCGGGCCCCUGGAGGACAGGACUCUUGGCCGCCCGCUGGCGCCCGGGUGGUCUCUGUGGCCCUUUAGAAAUACGCGGCUCCACCUCAUAAGCACAACCUCCUCCCACAGCCCCCGGCUCGAGCGAUAUUCACACUGCCCUCAAAGCCGCGGGCGUCUGUAGG